GCAGCCGAGGCCAUGAAAGGGACAGAGUGGGUUGACCCAGAGGACCCCACUGUCAUCGCUGAGAACGAGCUGCUGGGGGCAGCGGCUGCCAUUGAGGCUGCAGCCAAGAAGCUGGAGCAGCUGAAACCAAGAGCGAAGCCCAAGCAAGCAGACGAGAGCCUGAACUUCGAGGAGCAGAUCCUGGAAGCUGCCAAAUCCAUUGCUGCAGCCACGAGCGCCCUGGUGAAGGCAGCCUCAGCGGCCCAGCGAGAAUUAGUGGCCCAAGGGAAGGUGGGUGCCAUCCCCGCCAACGCAGUGGAUGAUGGACAGUGGUCCCAGGGACUCAUUUCAGCCGCACGCAUGGUGGCUGCUGCCACCAACAACCUGUGCGAAGCCGCAAACACCCUGGCGAACGCCGCCAAUGCAGCAGUGCAGGGCCAUGCCAGCGAAGAGAAGCUUAUCUCGUCUGCCAAGCAGGUGGCUGCCUCCACGGCACAGCUCCUGGUGGCCUGCAAGGUGAAGGCUGACCAUGACUCAGAGGCCAUGAAGCGGCUCCAGGGUGCUGGCAAUGCGGUUAAGAGAGCGUCAGACAAUCUGGUGAAGGCAGCGCAGAAGGCAGCCGCCUUCCAGGACCAUGACGAAACGGUGGUGGUGAAGGAGAAGAUGGUUGGGGGAAUUGCACAGAUCAUCGCCGCCCAGGAGGAGAUGCUGCGCAAGGAGCGGGAGCUGGAGGAGGCUCGGAAGAAGCUGGCCAUGAUCCGGCAGCAGCAGUACAAGUUCCUGCCCUCGGAGCUGCGGGAUGAGGAGCAGAACUGAGCCCUGCGCCCUCCGGCCGCUCACUGCCCAGACUGCCGCCCGCUCGCUCCUAUUUAAGACAACCCACCUC